AUGGACGAAUGGAACGGGGGAAAUCAGAUUAAACCAAACGGCGGAAGUAAGGGUGGCCAGCGCUGUGCGAUGGUUGGAGGGCGAACAGGCUGGAGAGGGCGGGCAACCAACGAGAAGAGGCAGAGGAGAAAGGCGAAAAGGGGGCGGGCGGGACGGGGCAUUUUGUACUGGCUGAAGAGCCAAUUUCUGGCUGGUCCGGCUGGUCGGCCAACGACGUAUCAAAACCGUUCCAGUGGAGAAACCGAGUUGGAUACUGUAGGUCAAGCUGAUUUCCUCGAGAUUACACCCCUCGACGAGCCAUUACCCAAACUUACACAUGUUUACAUCACUUUUGUUACCGUGAUUCCUAGCCAACACGAAUUCCGUCGCUGCCCAACCCGUCGUCUGAUUGGUCAGUCGGAGCUAAAAGUGGACUCCGGUGGGGGCCAAUUCCGCGGUUUCUGGCUGGCCCGUGCCGACGAGAGUCAUCACGUUCCUUCAUCCAUUACUCGUACCAUACGGUAUCGAUACCGGAAUCCCGGGCAUCCCGAAGCACUGGUCAUGUGCAACCCAAACUCGCGCGGCGGUGAACACGGUGACUUGGAGUACUUUGGUGAUAAGGUGUAUCUCACCGCUAUCACAAAGUAUACUUGGACUCGAAAGUUGUAUCUUUAG